AUGAUUGGAUGGAUGCUGGUGGUGGGAAUCGGUGGCACGAUCUCGCAGCGAACAAUCAUCGAGACUGGUGAAUACUUCGGCUGGAUGGCGGCAUGUGCGGGAAUCAUCGUUGCACUCUUCUUGGGCGUUCUGGCGUUAUUCUGCUUGAACAUCCUCAACGAAAAG